UGGAUGUUAAACUGGUUAGGAGCACAUCUAUGAGCUAAACUGAGGAGAGCCUAUGCCGUCCGCUCAGCUGAUAGAAAACAACGCCUUCCAAGACUAGUAUAGGGGAAAAAAACACCUUCAAGCCUCUUUUCGACGCAUUCAGAAGCUGGCAUCUCUUCAUUUACUCAAGUGCAAUCUCUGAAAUAAGGGUUCAAAAUGUCUCAGAAGAUCAAAGCUGGUUCUGUGGUUGAGAUGCAAGGAGAUGAGAUGACCAGAGUAAUAUGGGAGCUCAUAAAAGAGAAACUCAUUUUCCCUUAUCUGGAGCUCGACCUGCAUAGCUAUGACCUGGGGAUGGAGAACCGCGACGCCACCGAUGAUAAGGUAACGGUUGAGGCGGCAGAAGGAGCUUGUUGUUGAGGCCGCUACAAUGUGGGCAUCAAGUGUGCCACCAUCACUCCUGAUGAGAAUCGUGUGGAGGAAUUCAAGCUCAAGCAGAUGUGGCGCUCUCCCAACGGAACAAUCCGAAACAUUCUGGGUGGCACUGUGUUCCGAGAGGCUAUUAUCUGCAAAAACAUUCCCCGCUUGGUUCCAGGCUGGAUCAAGCCUAUAAUUAUCGGCAGGCAUGCACAUGGGGACCAGUACAAGGCAACAGAUUUUGUUGUGCCUGGCCCUGGAAGAGUGGAAAUGACAUACACACCCAAAAACGCAGGAGAGCCACUUAAAUUUGUUGUCCAUGACUUUGAAGGUACGGGUGGAGUAGCUUUGGGAAUGUACAACACAGACAAGUCAAUCCGGGAUUUUGCUCACAGCUCUUUCCAGAUGGGUCUGAAUAAAGGCUGGCCGAUGUACCUCAGCACCAAAAACACUAUCCUGAAGAAAUAUGAUGGGCGUUUCAAAGAUAUUUUCCAGGAGAUAUAUGACAAGGAGUACAAGGCCAAGUAUGAGGCCAUGGGCAUCUGGUACGAGCAUCGGCUGAUUGAUGACAUGGUGGCUCAGGCCAUGAAGUCUGAAGGUGGGUUUAUCUGGGCCUGCAAGAACUACGAUGGAGAUGUGCAGUCAGAUUCUGUAGCUCAAGGUUAUGGAUCAUUGGGCAUGAUGACCAGUGUGCUCGUAUGUCCUGAUGGGCGUACAGUAGAAGCUGAGGCAGCCCACGGCACUGUGACAAGACACUAUCGCAUGCACCAGCAGGGCAAAGAGACGUCCACCAACCCCAUCGCCUCUAUCUUUGCGUGGACACGGGGGUUGCUGCAUAGGGCGGAGCUGGAUAAGAACACAGACGGGGUGUUUGCUGAGGCACUGGAGGUUGUUUGUGUCGAGACCAUUGAAGCUGGUUUCAUGACCAAAGACCUGGCCAUCUGCAUCAAGGGCAUGUCUGGUGUCACACGUUCAGAUUACCUCAACACUUUCGAAUUCUUGGACAAACCAGAGAAUCUGAAGAUCAAGUUGUCAAGCCAACCCAACACUUUAAAGCUGCAGGGUUUGUUGGGACACUCACACAAACACAAACACCUGACACAGAAACCCUGAAUCCAUAUCAAGCCACAAACCCUUCUUCAACUUCACCUCCAGUUUAACUGGGACCAAAAAACAUAAACUUCACCACUACAACCAGUAGAGGGAGCAGUGGGCACUUUCAACACAAGACAUGAAAGUGCCUCUUCAAACGGAAGAAACAACUGCAUCACUGUUUUAAAACUAACUGAAAACAUUCGUAUGAAUAUUAUCAUCAUAGCAGCUUUUAUUUUAUUUGUAUUAUGUCUUU